AUGUUUAAGAGUGAAUUGCUGCUCGUUAUUUUGUGUGUUGUCGUCGGAGAAAUCGCUUCGAACGAACAUGAACUGAUUUACAAUGAAGAUUUUGUUUACUAUGAUGAAUGUCGUGUUACAGUUUCACCAAGAAAUUAUCUUCAUCCCGUACGCGCCUACACUCAAGUACAAAAGCCAUGCAAUGGAACGUUACUUUGGACGUAUCCGAAUUUACAAUUAACAUUGACCGUUGUGAAUCUCGAAAACGAUUCAUUUACGAUUUGCUUCGAGAAGAAGUCUCUUGAUGAUAAACUAGUUCGCUCAAUUCAAGGUUUCGACGCACAUACCAAUCAAACACAUCCUAUGCGCGAAUUGCAGGUGAACUCAGGGCUAUUGCUUUGUUCAAAUAGUCAAGGAAAUCGUGUCUCAGUUGUGAUUGAAGCACAACCGCUGUAUGCUGGAGUACAUCUACGUUACGCGAUGUUUAAUGAACGUCAUCCAUGGACAGCAGGUCCUUUUCCUGGUUGGGAACGAUCGGAAAAAUAUUUAUAUGGACCAUUAGAACAGGUGCCAAUCAAACAGAAGAAAGUGCGACGUAAUCGAAAAAAACUUCAUUAA